AUGUUGCCUUCUCUCCGCAAAGCUAUCGGUAUCAGCGCAGUCUCUCCUUCAACAUUGCAACAUCUGAUUUGUGUUCAAACCCAGUGGUUUUCAUCAAGGUAUGCUUAUUCAACCUCUUCCAAUGGGCAUUCUUUCACCGUCUCAUAUCUCAUUGACACCUGUGGCUUGUCACCCAAACAAGCUGCUUCAGCUUCUAAGCGUGUCAGCUUCGAAACGCCGGAUAAGCCUGAUUUGGUUAUCAAUUUCCUUAAAAGUCAUGGAUUCUCUCAGCCCCAGAUUGUUCGUUUCAUUGCUGAGAUCCCAUCGUUUCUCCGAUAUGAUCCUGAGAAAACCUUUCUGCCCAAAAUUGAAUUUUUCAAAUCCAGAGGCGUUUCGAGCUCAGACAUCCCUAGGCUCAUAUGUAGUUGUCCUAGAAUCAUGUCAAGAAGCUUAAGGAAGCAGCUCAUUCCUUCCUUUGACUUCUUUCGAGAUGUGUCUCAAUCUGACGAGAAGCUUAUUAAAACUCUUCAAUAUUGCUCGGGCAUUCUUCUUAACGCCAACACAAUUGCCCGGCCUAAUAUGGAGCUAUUGCGAGAAGCAGGAGUUCCUGAAUCAAAUGUCAUCAAAUUGUUGCAAGUGUAUCCUAGGACAUUAACUGCAAGCCCUAAUGUGUUUAAGGACAUUGUAGAAGAAGUGAAGAAUAUAGGGAUCAAUCCUUUGAAGUAUCAAUUUCUUAUGGCUAUUCAUGUAUUCUUCUGUCUAAACAAAUCCUCAUUGGCAAAGAGAGCUGAUGUUUAUAAAAAGUGGGGUUGGUCUGACCAUGACACUCUUGUGGCAGCAGCAGAGGAUAAGAUCGAUGCAAUAAUGGAGUUUCUUGUCCAUAAAUUGGGCUGUGAGUCUUCUACUACUAGCAAAUAUCCUACAGUUUUUACAUUGAGCUUGAAAAGGCGAAUAGUUCCGAGAGGUGCUGUCAUUCAAGCUCUGUUGUCAAGGGGUCUAAUG